UUUGCGAAAAGUUUUACCUCCAGUGCUUCGUCGCUGACCGAUUGUUGACUGCUUAGUCCAUUGUUUGUGUAAUUCAUCUUCGUGAUGCAGUCUCGCAAGUACACUGUGAAGAGUCUAGUCUGCCACUGACGGCCUGUUUCUGUUUCUGCGCUGCGCGCAUUCACCGUAGAACUCUGAUCCGAGACGGCAAUCGCCUCCGAUCAACAUGAAAACCUAAAGCGGAUUUCGGUGCUGUCGUCUGCGGGGUAAAACCAACUGGGUAGUAUGAACGACCGGAUGAUAAAUCGUGCGGCUCCAAGAUACACCCCGCCUCUCCCAGAGUAACGAUUUCCCAUUUCUGUUAUCCGGUACGUUCGACGAUGGGUACCGACGAUUGGGCAGCAUAUGCCGGUGGAAUCGACACUGGAUCUGUAACUACCCCUGAAUACAUUGGAGUACAUGAGGACGACAUUUUGCCUAGUCCCGGUAGAGUUAGUGGAGAAGUCCAUCUAUCUUCUAGACUCUCAUUUUCGAAAGGCAUCUUGGCAGGAAACAAAGAUGCUCGUACACAGAAGCUGAAGCAGCUGCUACGUUACGUUGCAGGAGCCGCUGUAAUUAUUGGGUUAGUUGCAAUCGGCGUGAAAACAGCAUCGGUGCUGCGAGAGGUUUCCGCCAGUCAGCGGGCUACAGACGAAGUGAAGAAGCAGCUUGAGAACGAGAUUACCCUUGAUCAGGCAUACCUGGAUCGUGCAAGCGACAUUGAACACCGAACUGAACAAAAACGAGCACAGAUCACGGAGCUGGGGAGUCACGUUCCGGAUGAAUCUGUCGAUGAAACUCCCUCACGAAAGCGCAAAAGCAGGAUCAAGAAGUUGAAUAAUAUCAAAAACGCAUUUGGGUCUCUGGGAAAGAACAAACGCAAGAAGCGUCAGCCAUUAGAGGGGUCGCUUCCUCCCUCGGGCGACACUCAACAGCAAAUGCGACCCGAAGUGAGGGCCUCAUCCUCGUUGGCAGUAGCGAUCUCUGAUGAACUACAGCCGUCACAGCAGCAAAUGCAACCCGCGAUGAAAGACCCAUCCUCGUGGAGGGCAGCGCUCUCUGAUGACCAGCUGUCGUCACGUUUAUCUGACGGUUCAGGACAAUCUUCAGUUGCUGGUAGCCUACGAGACCCGUUUCGUGAUGUUGUCGCUGCAAUUGAAGAUGAAAUGAAACAUGUCGAAGAGGAGGAGGUUCAGUGGCAAAAGAAGCACGGAAGCGUGUAUAAGAAGUACAAGGAAACCAUCGGAAUGAGAAAUCCCGAAAAAGGGCCUCAUGGUCAAAUGUGGAAGAUGGCUUCAGAACUUCAAGUUCCGGGGACUCAUGCUGAUGCGAAGCAAUGGAUUGAAUCGUCCAGUAGGAGGAAUUCGCAGUUGGCCAAAGCAUUUUUCCGCAGAUACUUUUUUCCGGCAGCAACUACCGUGCUAAACGACAGAGAAGUUGACGCUCAGAAAGGAAUAGCAUCUGAGAGGGAAAAACUAAAAGAGCUAGAAAAAACCACGGGUAACCGCGAUACAUAAGGUCUUAAGAGGAUUAACUUGCUUUCCAGGUUUUUCCCCUUCAGCUUCACAGUGAUCGUAAGGGGCUACUAACGUGAAGCCACAGUGACGAGUGAGGGGAAGCGACUUUUAGCGCCUCAGAGCUGCAACUAUGUUUGGUGCUGCUGACCCUGUGGAGCAUCUCGUAAGAGUAUUCUGUAUUCUAUUCGUUGGCCUCCGUCUCUUUGCUGCGGCCUCUGUCUUUGUGACGUUAUAGCUUGGGAAACAGCAGCAGGAAAAUUUUCGGCCUUUCCACUUCCGUAUGUGGCAGUGCUACUGUACAACUACUUUCUUUUUCUGUCGAUCGUUGAUCGUUGACGAAGAACGAUCCGUUUUAUCUUUGAGAGAUGUUCCUCCGAGUGCUACACGUUGUCCUUGUUUUCUGGCACCUUUCUAUCCGAAAAGGCUGCCUGAACGCGGUAUUUUUAUACACGAACUGGGCAUUAGAAAAACAGAAGCUAAAACUCCGCGUUCUAAUCAUAUAGCACUCCUGUACGAUUUUCUGAGGGCGGGUUUGCAUUGGCACAGGUUUUCUGUCGCAUCUUUCUCAUUAUGAGGCGAGCAGUGACAACUGAUGGCUUUUCCGCCCACAGUCCUUCAUUAUGAGGAGUGACGCUCACAGGAUAUCAGGUUCCUGCCCCAGUAGUAGACUAUCGUGUGCGAGAAUAUAUUCGGAGCAUCUCCGAAGAUACUUUGUUGAGGCUGCUCGACAUUGUGCUUCCACGAAAGACUGGAAUGCUUGAGACUGUUGCAUUCCUAAGCCUGGUCCUGCUGAACGACGUUUACAUGCC